UCAAAACCGCUCUUCGACACAGGUCACGACGAUGACGGCGAGUCAUGGGCCGGCGGACGCCUGGCACGUGUUCUGAACGACACGCAAGUGUCGGGUACAGUGGUUGUUGCGAGAUGGUAUGGGGGCCAGAACAUUGGACCGGUGCGGUUCGCGCAUAUUGAGAAUUGUGCGAAGGAGGCAAUUUGGAAAUGGAAGGUUGCAACGAGCGAGGCGGAGAAAGAGGAGACGAGUAAGAAGCAGAGGGUUGAUGAUGAGGCGAGGAAGAAGGAGUUAGUAGAGGAGUUGACGCAGAGGGAUCACAGUGUUUUUGCGUUAAGGAAGCUGUUGGCGGAGAAGAAGGCGAAGUUAAGUGGGGAAAAAGCUGCACCGCCUACGCCGCAGAAGGAGGUGGAGUAUGGGACGAUGGGGUUGGACGUGUUGAAGAGGCUGGAUAAGGCGAGGGAUGCGACGAUUGCGGCGAUUUUGAAGCAGAUGGAUAAGGUGGAUGAGGAUUUGGAGUUAUUGGAGGGGUUGGACGAU